AUGCCGCCCAAACGAAAGCGCUCAAAUGAUGCCCAGGGCGAAGACCAAAACACCGCAUCCAAGAAGCGUUACACUUAUCUGAAGCCGCAGGUCCGACAUAUAUCAGAGCGAACUAUCAAAUCGAAAUGGUCUACACUCCCUGAACCGGUUCAAGAUAAAGUACGCGAUCUAUUUCGAGCCCUUGAGCGUCCGGUCAUAGUCCGACAACAAAAUGAGCGCAAACGCUACGAAGCGCAAGCUGCGGUUCAAGCUGUCGUGAAAAACCUCGGGAAACGCUUACCCAGGAUGCCUUUUCCUCCGUUGACGAAGGACUCCGUUUUCGAGUACGAAGCUGCGCUAAAGGAACAUUCUGCGCUAGAGUUAUCCCUUUCGACAGCCAUGGAUAGCAUUGACAUUUUGAAGAACGAGAUUGCCAAGGAAGAAGCAUUGCUUGCAAGGGAAAGCAAGGAGUUGCACGAAAUGGAGAAAAACGCUAAACGCGCCGAGACGGAGCGAAAGAGGCAGAUGAAGAACGCAAGUUCCAUUCUGAACCCGAGAGUUAUACGUAUUGGCAUUAACAAGCUACAGGAGCAUCCCAUCCUCCGGCAACUCAACGACACCCCUGAUAGAGUUGGAAGUCCGGCUGGGUUUACUUUAAUGAGCGCAAAGGAUACACAGUCCAGUUUUGACGAGCUCGAGGCUGAUCCGGAAGUCUCCACCCUACUGAGGCAAUUGAACAAUCACUUGAAAUCAAUGCAAAACAACGCUACCCCUCUCGUUGGACUAAAAGACGCGAUUACACGAUCCCAAACUGCGUUGAGCCUAGCAACUAUGCCUGAUGACUGA